AACUGGAGAAGGAACGAAACCGAGGCAUUGGGAAACCGCUGCUAGGAGGACCCUUCUCACUCAUCAGCCAUGAGGGACAGCCCAAAACCAGCAAGGACUACAUCGGCCAGUGGGUGCUGAUCUACUUUGGCUUCACACACUGCCCUGACAUCUGUCCUGAUGAACUGGAGAAAAUGAUUGAAGUGGUAGAUGAAAUUGACAGAAUUCCAUCUUUGCCUAAUGUGACUCCACUCUUCAUCACCAUUGAUCCUGAGAGGGACAAUGAAGAAGCCAUUGCCAGAUAUGUUAAAGAAUUUUCUCCGAAGCUGAUCGGAUUGACUGGUACUAAGGCACAGAUUGACCAAGUGGCCAAAGCUUACCGUGUGUAUUACAGCGAAGGUCCCAAAGAUGAGGACAACGAUUACAUAGUGGAUCACACAAUAAUAAUGUACCUGCUCGGGCCAGAUGGUGACUUCGUGGACUAUUAUGGCCAGAAUAAGAGGAGCACUGAGAUUUCUGCUUCUAUUGCUGCACACAUGAGAAAAUACAGAUCCUAA